GCAUACACACACACAUGCGUACAUCUGAUUUUGGGGAGUGAAUUUUUUUUGCGAUUUGAAUUGGUGUAUCAAUGAAAAAUAUGCAGAGCCUAUAACCUGCCUGGGAUACAGAACCUACAACACCCAACGAUGUCAUCGGCAUUGUAUUCUAAUAGUAGAUACAGUAUAUACACAAAUAAUUGCAGGCUGAAUGUCGUCACUGCAUUUAUCAAAAAGAAUAAUAAUAAUACCGACCUCGCAAAUAGUAGGAACAAAUUCGCAGUGAAUCCAAGUUUAUCUUGUCGAACACUGUCAACGCAUCGUUAUUUCAGCACUCAACAGAAUGAAAAUUUUAAGAGACCCUAUAUUCCACUUAUGGACUAUCCUAGAACAUUUGAUGUAGGAUUCUGUGAAGCGGUCAGAUACAAUAGGACCUUAAAGUAUCAUAUGGCUAAAAUCGACCGAGAAUUUGACUAUAAGGAAUUUAAGAAAGGUUCAAUCAAAGCUGUACUUACUGUAUCAAACGCUUUGUCUCUUGAAGAUUAUGAGAGUUUGGAAGGCCUCGUUACCCCGGACGCUAUAAAGAUUCUAAAAGGCAAUGUAUCCCGGAUGAGCAAGGAGCAAAAAGCAGAGAUUGCCAUGGAUGGAAAAAAAUUUCUACUCUGUCAAUCUAACAGCUCUAAUAUCCGGGAUGAUAAAUCAUCAAAGAUUGUCGAAAUACUGAUGUUUUACCAUUUUUUUCGAAAUUGGGAAAGUAUACCAAAACCUGAAAUUGCGGAAUCAAUAUCCUCGAUCCAGCUGGGAGAUUUCCGGCUUGCAGCAAUGCGUGACCCGAAUUAUCCACAGAACACCAUUUGUUGCAACUACAGAUUUGUCAGACACUACGGCCAUAUGAAUAGUUCAUGGCUUAUUGAUGUAGUGAAUCAUUUCAGACUGUGUGAUGUGAAGGAAUGAAUGUGGUACAUAAUGAGGAGGAGUAGUGACACAUAAGUGCCUGAUCGAGUUUGUGAAUCCUAAAACCGUCAAAUAACACCUUGGCUAGGUGCAGAGUUGGUUUG